ACUGUCAUGGCGGCGAUAACAUGAAGUUUUGAUACAUCUCAUCGGUAAAAACACCGUGUUUGGUGUAUGGAAGUAGAUAAAACAGUUUGGAACCCCAGAGGUCGUUGAAGAGGUGUCAGUAUGGAAGGGGAUCAGAACCAAGAUCUACUUUACCAGCCACUUCCUCAGCAUAUUAGCGAAGAAAAGGAGAAGUUGGGUUUGAAGGAGCUGGACUGCCCCAAGGACAAGUUUGUGGAAUCCUUCCUGGAGAGACACAUCCAGAACUUCAAGCCGAGUGAGAAGAAAGAUCUGAAGAAGUCUUACUUGCUGCUAGACCUCCCCUACAGGCAGAAACCUACUGUAGCCAAGAAGAAGACAACCCUGAACAGCAGGGAGAAGAGAGAGAAGAAAGUGUAUGACAUCCCUCCUGAACAUCAGAAGUACUCAUUGUAUGUUCCUCUCCAUAAGUUGUGGCUCCAGUACAUAAAGGAUCAUUUGCAACUUACACCCACAAGCAACUUGACCUUGCUACAGAAAAAAAUGCUGAAGGCUGACGUCCAUGGAGCCCUGGUCACAGUGUGUAAGUCCAGGUGCCCAGCCUAUGUAGGGCUGACAGGGAUCAUUCUACAGGAGACCAAAAAUGUCUUCAAGAUCAUCACCAAGGACGACAAACUAAAGACUGUCCCCAAGGCCAACUCCGUCUUCUCAGUGGAGUUUGAAGGGCUGAGAGCCAAGAUCUACGGGAACCACUUCUGUAUGAGGUCCGCAAGACGUGCCAGCAAGAAGUUCAAGAUGCCCAUGAAGAACCCAACCAUCGAUCUGUGAUGAGAGAGGACUCUUUUCAUCUAUCCCUUAGUCUUAGUUAUUCAACUGUUGGGCACCACAGACAAUCUG